CACAGCACGGGGUCGAAUGCUUGUGAUUCGUUCGGGCUAUUGCACAUUUUCCCCAGAAGAAUAAAGAGCACACGUACCGCUGUCCAAGAUAGACCAUGGGUCCGACACAGGCAGAUGUCUGGAAUGUCGCUGGCAACAGCGAGCGACACGUUUGGCUAUUGUUCAAGAACUUCGAUCGCAACUAGAACCACACGAUUUCUAGGCAGCGGUAACAGCAGUCUCAGCGACAGGAGAUGGGGGAAAAGCGCCUUUGAGUUUAAUCGGGGAGCCGACAACCACAACGAGAACCCGGAUUCGAAAUUCGCGAAAUACCUUGAGCCGUGGAGCCUGGAUCUAUUCAUUUCAGUAGAUGAGAUUAUUCGGGACGACGAUCCGCAAAACGAUCGCUGGAUUUCCAAAAUGAUGAUCGAUUUCAUGAAACGCCUCGAGAUCAACUCGGAACGGUUGACUGUUCUGCAGCAACGUGUCGAAGACUUUCACUCGAGGUUGCGAAAUCUGCUGCGGAACAGCAACCAGGCAUCGGCCUCUAUCCAAGAUAUGAUUCACAUCCUGGAAGACGAACGGAAAGUGUUGCGGAACCUCCAGCGCUUGCACUACGACACUUGGAAGAGUGCCAAGUUCCAGUACAUGGGAUGGAGUCCCGACGGAGACGAGGACAUCGACAACGACGAUGAUUGUGAGGAUCCGAUUGUCAUUUUGGAUCCAAAGCAGAGGCAGAUUCGUUGGAAUGCACUGGUGCAGAACGCCUCCGAAAGCUCGGCCCGACACGCGAUGACCAUCGAACAAAUGAGUGAGCUCGUCAUUCUGCUCAAACCCCUCAGCCCCAAACAUAGCAAGCAUCCGUUGAUUCUUCCACCGGGAGAGUCCUUCGACGACGACCUCGAUUGUGUCCACGACACAGUCUCCGCCUUCAUGAGGUGCCGGAUGACCCAGCAACUGCUUUCUCAGCACAUGAUGGCCACGGGCCAGGAUGCACUUGGCACCAGCAUUGGUAAAAGAAUUGAAGCCAAACGGAAACAACAACGGGCAGCUAAUCCAACCGACGAUGACGCCGAUGCUGCUACGAACGGCAAGAUUGUCGGUGCCAUCAAUGUCGAUUAUCCGGUGGCAUCCAUUUUGCGAGCCUCUGCAACGGAAGCCUCUCAGCUGUGCGAAGCAACCUAUCUCAUUUCUCCACAAUGUGAGUUUGUAGCUGCGACGGAAGAAAUUGACGAUGACUCCUGCGGAGAUUCUUGCGUUUCUCCUGCCCCCGCCAGCGAUAACAGCUAUGAAUCGGUCUCGGCAACCUUUGUUCGGUCAUGGUUGCAGUAUACCCUGAUCGAAUUGUUGAAAAAUGCCAUGGCGGCUACUGUGGAAAGAAAUCCUGAGAUUGUCUCGGCGGCGAUGGAUGAAGAUUGCAACUUCAGCGAUUCGGACAGCGAUUCGGACAGYGAUUCCGAUGAUGAUGCGCCCCAACAYCUCCCUCCUGUAUAUCUCCAGGUCUUGGAUUCACCCGAGGAUGAAAGUAUCUAUAUCCACAUCUACGAUCAAGGGGGAGGAAUCGACGAUGAUUUCGAUCUGGAACGCCUGUUUCGCUUCGCACAGCGGGACACUGUAUGGGAUCGCAUGGACGACCAACAAACCUAUAGYUGUGAGUUCUCGCAAAUAUUUUUGUGUUUGUAUGGGAUCUACUUCUCWCUCUCAUUAUGCUUUGCAACCGUCUCCUUUCUCUUUAUUGGUACGAACACGACAGUGGUUCGAAGCCCUCUCAAGGGUCUUGGUGUCGGAUUGAGUUUGAGUCGGUGGCAUAUGCGGCAUUUCGGAGGAGAGCUGACACUGGAACGCCGCGCCGCAGGCGCAAUCCGGGUUUUAAGCGAUUCUGGUGGACGUGGAAAUGGCGACUCGAAAUGGUGCCUUUUGGGCAAGGGAAUGACGGCCUCGAUACGCAUGCCRAAGGACUCCAAKAUCAAGCUAGCUAUUUCGUAGUGAAGGGUACAUUAGUUGGGUUUGAACAAAAUGGGGUURAUCAA